ACAUAUAUUCCGCCAAUCUCCAUUCUUCAUUUUCCAUUUUCAGAUCUUCAUUCGCCAUUUUCUUCAUUCUCUCUCUCUCCCUCUGCGCGCCAAAUACAAAUUCUCUCAUCUUUCCCUCUUCCCUCUGGAUUCCAGAUCUCCCUCACAUGGCGGACCCUCCUACUAGUCCUGCCGGCGGUAGCCAUGAGAGCGGCGGUGAGCAGAGCCCCCACACUGGCGGCGUUCGCGAGCAGGACCGUUACCUUCCGAUCGCUAACAUCAGUCGGAUCAUGAAGAAGGCCUUGCCUGCUAAUGGCAAGAUCGCCAAGGAUGCUAAGGAUACCGUCCAAGAAUGCGUCUCCGAAUUCAUUAGCUUUAUCACUAGCGAGGCGAGUGAUAAGUGCCAGAAGGAGAAGAGGAAGACUAUUAAUGGCGAUGAUUUGCUUUGGGCCAUGGCAACGUUGGGUUUCGAGGAUUAUAUUGAUCCGCUUAAGUCGUACCUUACUAGGUACCGUGAGUUGGAGUGUGAUGCGAAAGGAUCUUCGAGGGGUGGUGAAGAAUCUGCUAAAAGAGAUGCAGUUGGAGCCUUGCCUGGUCAAAAUUCCCAGUACUUGCAGCCAGGAGCAUUGACCUACAUUAACACUCAAGUAAUAAUCUCUCCUCUCUCAACUUUUCAACACGCUAUUUAGGAAUAUCCUCCUUUUCAUUGCUAAUAAUUGGACUGAAAUUCAUGGUUAUUAUUAGCUUUUUACCGUUGCCAGUAUUGUCUCUAAUUGUUGAGUGUUGCUUAGGAGAUAGACCAGUUUCUUCACUUCCCCUCAUAUAUGUAUCCUACCUUUUCUUCUCAUUUGCUUGUCCAGAAGCUCGUAGGAUUUCAUCCUAGGUAGUUUAUAUACUUUUUUUCAUAUGCCUAGUUUCACCAGGGCAGCCAAUGGCAGUUUAUAUUUAAAUGAUAUGCAUUUAAUGUUUGUAAGAAGAUACAUAAUUAAAUAAAAAUUUGAUUAUUCUACCAUUCAAAUAACCAUAUUCUGGAGGAAUUUCUGGACAUAUCUUAAUGUGUCGUACAGUUUGAUUACUCAGGAAAGAAGAUUUCAUGGUCUUGAAAAAUUGUCUGCAUAAAGAUACUAUUCGCCUGGAACAAUAUCCUACACCUAGCACCAAAUUUUCUGAGAUGUAAAUAUUUAUAUAGCCCCUUUUUGUCCCUAGUAAUUUUCCAUAUCCAUUUCCUGCCCAUUUGAUUUUAAAUGUUCCUAAUUCAGAAGGAAGCUAUAAAUGAAGAAUGGAACAGUGUUCUCACAUCACUUGAAUGUGAUAGUUAUUGGUUUCGCUUUUGUAACGAAUGCUUGAAUAUUAAUUCUUAUCUUUCUUUCAUGGUUCCA